AUGUUUUUUGUGAUUUCAGUCAUGAAAAUUGCUAAAGAACAACUCACCUACACUCCCAGCUACUGUGAAGAGAAUGUGUACAAGCUGUUAGAAUAUCUGAGGGAGUUCGGUAACUUACAGUGUGGAUACGUUGUAUUUUUGUCCAAUGUGAACAAAUCUAUUGGUUUGUUCGCCCAAGUAAAGGGAGAUCCUCAAAUGGACCAUUUCAUCAUAUGGGAUUACCACGUUUUCCUCAUAUACGACGAUAUGUCCAGUUACUGGGUUUAUGACUUUGACUCACUACUGCCGUUUCCCACCCCAUUUGUCCAGUAUCUAACACACGGACUCCGGCAGAACACCGUUCUUCCAGAAGAACUACAUAGGUCCUAUCGCGUUAUCCAUGGCGUCGACUACCUAAAUCACUUUUCAUCAGAUCGUAGUCAUAUGCAGCGUGAGGAUGGCAGCUGGAUAGCACCACCACCAACUUAUGAAUGUAUUCGUGGACAGAGUUCAAGUUCGUUACAUACUUUACCCUUCUACUGGGAUAUGACAUCUAAUAUAGUUGAGAACUUAUCACUGACGGGCAGUGUUUAUGGAACUGUUUUAAGUGAAAGCGAGUUUUUCAAAAAAUUCUCUGGUGUUUAG